AUGCGAGAGAUUGUCCAUAUCCAAGCUGGCCAAUGUGGCAACCAAAUCGGCGCCAAGUUUUGGGAGGUUAUCUCGGAUGAGCAUGGAAUUGAUCCGACCGGAGCUUAUAAUGGAGAUUCCGACCUUCAACUUGAGCGGAUUAACGUCUACUACAACGAAGCCAGCGGUGGAAAAUAUGUUCCACGUGCAUGCCUUGUCGAUUUGGAACCGGGAACUAUGGAUUCGGUUCGUGCUGGACCAUUUGGUCAGCUUUUCCGACCGGACAACCUUGUUUUUGGACAAAGUGGAGCUGGUAACAAUUGGGCGAAGGGGCAUUACACCGAAGGAGCUGAACUUGUUGACAACGUUCUUGACGUUGUUCGAAAGGAAGCUGAGAGUUGUGACUGCCUUCAGGGAUUCCAAAUGACUCAUUCGCUCGGCGGAGGAACUGGAUCAGGAAUGGGAACUCUUUUGAUCUCGAAGAUUCGCGAGGAAUAUCCGGAUAGAAUCAUGAUGACUUUCUCUGUUGUACCAAGUCCAAAAGUCUCGGAUACCGUUGUCGAACCGUACAACGCAACGCUUUCCGUCCAUCAACUAGUUGAGAACACCGACGAGACCUUCUGUAUUGACAACGAAGCUCUCUAUGAUAUCUGCUUCCGUACAUUGAAGUUAACUACUCCAACAUAUGGUGACUUGAACCACCUUGUGUCAAUGACAAUGAGCGGAGUCACGACAUGCUUAAGAUUCCCUGGACAGCUCAAUGCUGAUUUGCGCAAGCUUGCUGUGAACAUGGUGCCGUUUCCACGCCUUCACUUCUUUAUGCCUGGAUUUGCUCCAUUGACUUCACGAGUUAGCCAACAAUAUAGAUCUCUCACGGUUCCGGAAUUGACGCAACAAAUGUUUGAUGCAAAGAACAUGAUGGCUGCUUGCGACCCACGACAUGGGCGCUAUUUGACUGUCGCGGCAAUGUUCCGUGGAAGAAUGAGCAUGAAGGAAGUCGAUGAGCAAAUGCUCAAUGUUCAAAAUAAGAACUCGUCGUAUUUUGUCGAAUGGAUUCCGAACAAUGUCAAGACCGCUGUUUGCGAUAUUCCGCCAAGAGGUGUCAAAAUGGCAGCGACAUUUGUUGGAAACUCGACGGCUAUUCAAGAAUUAUUCAAGCGUAUUUCCGAACAAUUUACUGCAAUGUUCCGCCGUAAGGCUUUCCUUCAUUGGUAUACCGGCGAGGGAAUGGAUGAAAUGGAGUUCACUGAAGCUGAAAGCAAUAUGAAUGAUCUUGUCUCGGAGUAUCAGCAAUACCAAGAAGCGACGGUGGAUGACGAAGGAGAGUUCGACGAGCACGACCAAGAUGUCGAAUAA